AUGAGCGACCCGCCUCCUUGGGUGUACCCCCGCAACCUGGCGCAUGUCGCGCCCCUCCCCUUUCCCCUGCUGCCGGUGUACUCGUCCUCGCCGCCGCGCAACGACGAGGAGGUGGACGCGGCCGUUGAGGAGCUGCAAGCCUCGAUCACACCACCUUCCACGGGGAUGGCGGGCAGCCCCACCCCACCUACGCCGGCGCCUCGCAACCUCCAGACUUGGAAGCGCGCGCCGGCGGGGUUCAACUGUCUCAACUGUCGGCGCAAGGGCAAGAAAUGCGGCGGCGAGCGCCCAGCCUGCGCGUUCUGUAUCGAGAAGGAGCUUUCCUGCUACUACCAGGACAAGCACGCCCACCUGCCCGAAUACAAGGCUGCGUGGAUCGAGUACCGCAACCACAAGUACCGCAAGCCCAAGGUCGAGCGCGAGGACACGCCCGUGACUCCCAUGGAGACCGACGCCGAGAUCGACUCGCAGAUCGCCGAGAUGGUCGGACUCGACCCGCCUAAGAAGGGGCGUAAGGGCACCACCCGCAAGACGCGCCGUAAGAAGACCGAGCGGGUGCUUGCGCCCACACCUGAGGACGAGGAGAACGAGGCGAGCGGAGGGCCUUCACCAACGCCUCCUCCUGCCGCCACGUCCUCGGUGCCGUCCAAGCGCCCCGCGGCGUCGCCUCUCCCCCGCCGCCGCCGCGUGUCGGCACCCGUGACCCAAACCCAGUAUCACGAGGCGAGCCCAGCCGCCAAUUCGAACGCCGAGGCCGGACCAAGCACCGACCACAGGACCGCCGUGCCCAUCGCACCCAAACUCAGCCCACCCGAUUGGCCUACCCAGCCCCAGCAAACGCUUGCAGACUACAUUCCGCGCCACCCGCCCCCGCCGAGUCCGACCGAGGUGAGCGAGCUCGAGCUCGGCCCGAGCGUGGUCCGCGGCAGUCCCAAUCUUCCGUCCAACAUCCCGGACAGCGCGCCGCCAACUGAGCCAAACGACGCGCCCGCGCACCUGCCCCUCCUCCCCUUCGGCGUCCUCUUCCCCCAGAUUCUGGGCAUGACGCCCGCCAACAUGCCGAGCGUGCAGCUGUUCAAGAACGCCGAGAUGGCGCCAGGCCUAGCGGCGAUGGCGCACAAGUUCGAGCCCCAGUUCGUGCCCCGCCGCAUGCCGUCGAUGGGCACGCCGACCCCCGCGCCGAAAGACAACACCCUCGGGCUCAGCCUGUACCCGUCGCCUCAGGCCGAGCGGCACGAGCCACCACGCGGCACCCCCGGCCCGCCGAGCGAGAUGCUCCGCCGCUUUCCUGGCGCGCCGCUCUACGUCGGCCCAGCCCUGAUCCGGCCCAUCGCCCACCAUGUGCCCACUGGGAUCCACGGCCCACUCGCGUACCCCUCCUUCCUUCCCAACUCGGGCUGGCAUCCAGCGCCACACCUCCUCCCAAACAACGACUACCAGCCGCCUCCGCCGCUGCCCGUCGCGGCCGACCGCUUCCCUCCUUCGCCCGGGCCGUUCGCCUUCACGGUGCCACACCUCCCCCAUAUUCCCCGCGGCAACUCUCUCCACCUCACGGACCACCACGUAGUCGCGGGACCGCAGGUUGACCUCCAGGCGUACGACCCCAAGGAGCCGCUCAGCGCCGGCUGGCCGUUCACCUCGUCGCUGCGCACCUCGACGCCCCACUGA